CCUAGUUAGAGUAAUUAAACUGAUUCCCUUCGUCCACUCCUCGAGAGACACGACACUCGGAGAGAAAACUAACCCUUUAUUGGGAAGGUUUACUACCCGAAAAACUACAAUUGUCAAAUGGCGCCGUUGCCGGGGAGUCGCACGGUAUUAGUUUAAUUUCUUCUGAUUAGCUUGGGUGAAGAUUGGUUAGAACGAUCUUCUCACUUCUUUUUCACCAGCUACCCAUAAUAAUUAUUAUGGAUAACUUCAGUGGUUAUUACGGCCCGCCUUCUUACUACGAAUCACCUAACAGCCCUCCGUUUCAAACCCAUCCACCUUACCACCCGCAUCAGAACCCAUACGAUGAUGACUACCAAGUCAACAAUGGGUCUGACUACUAUCCCUACCAUGAGGAACCACCAUAUGAUACCCCAUCUGAGAACUUUGGAUAUUCUCCGUACCAAGACUCUGAUGGGGAAGAUUAUUAUGAACCUCAUGGUGAUCACGAUGACUAUGACCGCAAUGGGCCUAUAUACGACGAUCAACCUGAUCCACUCGUCGAAGAAAUUCAAAGAUUAGAACAGAAAAUAUUCUAUUUCGACGAACUUUUAUUCGCUGAAGGCUCUUGGUAUGAACCACCUUACUCCCGUGACUACACUUUGUUUGCUGAAGAACAAAUUGAAGCAAACAAGGUGGCAAUUCGAGAAAGAGCAAAACUUCUGGAAUCAGUCCGGAAGGAAAAGGAGUUCGAAAGGAGAUUAUGCGAAGGAUCAGAUAUGAUUCAGAAAAUGCUGGAUGACUUCCAAAGAGAGAUACUAGAAGCUGAGGCUAAGGCUGAUGAAUUAGUCAAUGAUCUUUGUAAGGCUAUUGAGCUUAAACGCUCCCUCCAAUCUCAAGAUCAAAUGAGGGAGGUUAAUGCUCAAAACGAGGCUGUAGAAUUUAAGACCAACCCUAAACCAUUCAACCAUCAUGUUCCAGUUCUAGAAGAUUCACCCAGUUUUUCACCAUCACAGAAACCCGAGAGCAUAACAACUCUCGCUAGGGCUACUGUGGUGAUGUUACCUGAAUGUCCUCCUAGCCAAGUCUUAACGAGCAUAGUCGUACAAGAGGUGGGACCAACUGAGGGACCUGACUCAGAACCACCUAGGCUUAUUCAAGAAAAGAAAGAGGAGGAAGUUUUGCCUAUGGCAAUAAACGACCAUCUCCUUAAUUGUGUUGAAGACACACCUCCAGAGGAACUUGUUCUGGAGGAAAUAGAGCCCAUUAUCUUCCCCCAAGAUACCAAUGUCCAUGAGUCCGAGCCGGAAUCUACAGGCGAGGAAAUACUUUGCAUAGAAAAGCCAACUCCGUCAAUAGAAACCUGUGUACGUAAUGCUUCACCUGAAGACUCAGACCAAACCUUCUUUGACUCCCUACUUGACGGGUGUGACGGUUGGAGAUUAAGGAGUUGGGAUGAACUUCUGAUGAGUGACACUGAAAACUCAUCCAUGGGGGAAAGCACGGUCGUAAUCAUCAAACCACAAAUGGAUGGUCAGCCUGUUGAAGAUAAGGAAAAAAUCAAUCUCGCUAUGAAGGCCAAUGAUGUGGAUCAACUGAGGAGACUUCCGCCACCACCCACCUAUUUAAAGUCUCCUCCUUUUAUCUUGUUGCCGCCAAGCCGCAGGGACGAGUCAAGGAUCUUGGACCUUGACCGAGCAACAAAUCAAACGAGGUGGCACCAGAAGAGAGUCAGAAGGGCCAAACUUUAUGACUCUCGGAUUGGGAAGUCGCAGAAAAAGUGGUGGGAGCGAAGAAGAGGUCUCACCUGGGGAAAACACAAGGUUUCUGCAACCUUCAGGCUUCUUGAUCCAACAAUCCUGGUGUUGGCUACUGAGAGAAUAUUGACUUCCCCAGUAAAGUCUCUUUUUCUCUACUAUUUUGAACACGGUUUGGAUGCUUGAUGAUUUUUAUUUUUGAAUUUCACAACAUGACUCUUAAAACCAUUUUGAGAAUAUUUUAUGCAUUAUUUCAUAUUUUCAUGUUAUGGUUAUCUAUUAUUUCAAUCUUCAUCGUUGAAUCUUGUAAGUAUUGAGAUAACUUAGUAAUUGCAUGUGAGCAUUUCAACCAUUAACUCCAAUUCCAAAAUACUUUUAGCCACGAGGGCGUGGUUCCGU